AUGGUUGCAUACCUGUGGCUUGUAUGGUACGAGUCGUCAUGCAGGAUGUCACCUAGACACUGGGCUUUGGCAGUAACAUACGAAGCUCACGAUCUCGCCUAUGCGACAUUCUACGAGGUAUUCCGUGAUGGCAAUGCAGCACAUUACCAGCCUCGUGUUGUACGCCGUGUACACCUGACCAGCAAGCACGGCAACACACCGUAUGCCGGCAAGCUGCUAUUGGGAGAGAUCAACGACCAAGUUUUGGGCGCUCUCGAGAUGUACAGCGAGACUGCAACUGAGUUGGUUAACUCUCACACCAAAAAGCGUGGCAUACACGAGUUGGCUUGUCAUGAUUGGGCGAUAAUCAUCGUCCGAAGCUUGGAGGACGCGCUGCUACUCCCUCGGGGUGCCCUCUCGAGGGUGGAAAAGAGUCCCCGAUUCGGCUGA